GGCGGGGCAGCGGCUCCUGCCCCCGGGGCUGCGCUCGCCCAGACACGGCCGGGGAGCGGGUGGCGCGGGAGACCAGGACCCAGUGUGUGGCCAGGCCGUGCGGGCUCUGAGCGCCCCUUCUCUGCAAUGCUGUGGCUGCUGCUCCUGGCGCUCCCCGGCCCGGGGGGCUCGGCGCCCCUGAUGGCGGAGUCUCGCUUGAACCCCGGGUUGGUGGCCAUCGUGGGGGGGUGUCCCGUCUCGCCCAGGAGGUACCCGUGGCAGGUCAGCCUGCGGUACUACAGCAAGGAGACCGACCGCUGGGAGCACCUGUGCGGCGGCUCCCUCGUCCACCCCCGGUGGGUGCUGACGGCCGCGCACUGCGUCCAGCCGGACGACUUGGAGGCCUGCGCCUACCGGGUGCAGCUGGGGCAGCUGCGGCUCUACCACCACGACCGGCUGAGGAAGGUGGCCCAGGUCAUCCGCCACCCCAAGUUCAACCACAGCCUGUCCGCCGAGGGGGGCGGGGACAUCGCCCUGCUGCAGCUGGAGGCCCCCGUGAUGCCCUCAGAGCUCGUCAGCCCGGUGGCCCUCCCCCCUGCGGGGCUGGGGGUGCAGCCGGGGACCAGGUGCUGGGUGACCGGCUGGGGAGCCGUUGAAUUCAACACGCCCCUGCCCUGGCCCUACGACCUGCAGGAGGUGGAGGUCCCGGUGGUGGGGGCCCAGGAGUGUGAGCGGCGGUACCAGGGAACCUCCUCCCAGCCCGGCCGCCAGGUCAUCCUCGAUGACAUGCUGUGCGCCGGCAGCCAGGGCCUGGACUCCUGCCAGGGCGACUCUGGGGGCCCCCUGGUGUGCCGCCAGAACUGCAGCUGGGUGCAGGUGGGGGUCGUGAGCUGGGGCCGGCUGUGCGGACUCGGAGACCUCCCCGGGGUGUACACCCGCGUGACCAGCUACCUGUCCUGGAUCCGCCAGUUCGUGCCUCCGUCUGCCCCGCGCUAGGGGCCGCCUGUCAGGCAGACCCUCUCCCCGGGACGCGCUGCUGCUCCC